UAAUAUUACUUAACAACAUAGCAGGUACACUACAGAAAUAAUCAUCUCUAAGUGUUCAGGUGUACUACAGCAAACACAUUACAGAAUUAAUGACCAAUAUUUGAUUAGUAACAUCAUUGUCAAAAAUCAAGGUCAGACUUAAAAUGACAUUCCUGAAUCUCAUAUAUGCCAUUAUUUUAAAGCUUUUUCCUCACAAACCUUUACAGGUGCUGCUAACAGAUACCAAGAAGGGAAAUUAACAUAAUUAACAAGUUUCAUCUCAAUUUACUUUUUCUUUAACCACCUGAUUAUCAGCCAAUAAUCUAUCGAUCAAAGGGAGAAAAAGCUGAGAGGCCUGGAUAAUUCACUACUCGACCGAAUUUCACAGCAUGGGAAAAAAGAAGCAAAGAAAAACCCUGUAUUCACAAGUCAAUUAAUAAAUAGAUGAUAGUCUCCAUAAAUAAACAGAAUUCUAAAUAUGGUUUAAAAAACUUUGGGUAUUUAAAUUUCUCCCAAAUAAUGUUUUUAAAGUGUCCGAGUCCCCACAAUAAGCAAUGUCCCUGCAAGCCCAAGCAGACAGCGGUCGUUAACGCAACAGGUGACGGACCGUCAACAUCCUCUCCUCGGGGGGAGGAGCAGAGGCCACAGGUGGAGGACCGUCAGCAUCCUCGGGAGGACGCAGACGCCACAGGUGGAGGGCCGUCAGCAUCCUCGGGAGAAGGAACAGACGCCACAGGUGGAGGACCGUCAGCAUCCUCUCCUCCUCCCGAGCAGAGACCACAGGCGGAGGGCCGUCAGCAUCCUCUCCUCCUCCCGAGCAGAGGCCACAGGCGAAGGGCGGUCAGCAUCCUCGGGAGGACGGGCAGAGGCCACAGCCGCCGGCAGCAGGGUUUCAGCCGUGCCCAAACGCAGCGCAGCCGCCGGCGGGGAGUCCUAACCUGUCUACGUCUUUCCCAUUUCUACCUGUACACCUGGAAACGACCGCCGCGGCGUAAUUCGCCUUUCCUCCGACACCGGGAGCACAUCAGCCGCCCCUCCCCAGACGCGGCGAGAAGGUGUCGCAGCGCUAGAAGGCGCACCAGGCGCCCCCCACGGCCAGACCCGCCCUCAGGACGAGGCGGCCCCCAGACUCCACCCCAGCGGGAGAGCAGACCCCUCCCCUCAGGACGGCCCCGGCCCCGGCGCCCGCCGUACUCACGGAGAGGAGCUCGCGGACGGCCGGCGCCAGGCGAUGCGCACGCUCCCCGCCAGCGCGCGGGCCGAGACCGAGGGCCGCGCCGCCAGCCCGGGCUCUGA